AUGUCGACGAAACAAAUUUUAAGACGUUACUUUCCCGUUUUCAAGAAGACAUUUUCUUCGACGAGGACGUACCGAGACAUCUGCACACACAGACACGCUAAAGCUUCCUUUAAAAUAUAUCAUCACAGAUUGCUGCUUUUACGCGAAUCAGCAGUUUCAGGAACUUUUGCAAAUUUAUCGCUGCAGUCAGCAAAUACUAAGUGCCACCGACGGCUCAGUAAUUCAUGCCGGUGUGGAACAUCGCACUCGAGUAAUGUUGAUAUUAGUGGCGACUUGAAAAAAUACACAGGACCUGAAGUAAAACAAACACAAGAAGCAGACCCUGAGUUGGUGUCGCUUAAACAAGAGGUAAAAGAAGAUGAUUCUCGAAAGCUGAACAGUGAAACAGUCGAUGAAGAAGAUCAGAAGCAUACACGGAUAGCAGCAGAUACUAGUCAGCUAGAGAGAAAGUUUAAUGGUUUAGGCAUAGGUGUGAACAAAAGGGACACAGAAUUUGAGUACGACUAUCAGGUGGCUGAAGAUAUUGAGGAGUAUGAUUACAUUGAUGAGAAAAGCCACAUGGAGCAGCAGAUCCAACCUGAGAAGGUUCUACCCAUCAGCUUGAAGAGAGGACAGAAUGGCGUGUUUGACCUGCAUGAAUUGGUGACACUGCUAGAACAUCUCGGUGCUGAGAACAUCGUCACCGUUCCAGUUCCCCCAGAAGCCAACUUCUGUGAUGAUAUGGUUGUUGUGUCUGCAAAGUCACGGCGCCAUCUGCAGGCUAUCAAUGAUGAAAUGCUGUGGGUGCACAAAAGAAAGAAAGCCAAACGAGACCCCACUUUGGUUAUAGAAGGCAAGGACAAGGCAGACUGGUGUGCCAUGGACUUAGGCAACAUAGUGCUCCAUGUAUUCUAUGGUGAAACCAGAGAGUAUUAUGACAUUGAGUCCCUGUGGUUACUAGGCCCUGACCAUGACCCCAAGUGCCAGGAGCAGACUGCUGACCUUUAUAUCCUGUCUGCAGAGGAUCUGUUUUGGCUGGAAACUGGACAAGUUAAGGGUAAAGUUACCGACCAGGUUGGCAGUCCAGUCACAGACCAAGAUGGCAGUCAGUCAGUCACAGAUAAGUUUGGCAGUCAGACAGUCACAGGCCAAGAUGGCAGUCAGACAGUCACAGACCAAGAUGGCAGUCAGACAGUCACAGACCAAGAUGGCAGUCAGACAGUCACAGACCAAGAUGGCAGUCAGACAGUCACAGGCCAAGAUGGCCGUCAGACAGUCACAGGCCAAGUUGGCAGUCCUACACUUACAGACCAAGAUGGAAGUUUUACACUUACAGACCAAGAUGACAGUCCUACAGAGGGCAGUAGUAAACAGUUAAACUUGACCUCAGCUGAAGAAAGUGUGUCCAGGAAGACAGGCCGCUCAGACAACAUGAGUUAA